AUGCCCGAAACACCACACCCACGAACAAUCCUUCGCGGCCACAAAGCUCAAGUGCACGCUCUCGCCUUUGUCGGCAACAAUGACCGUCUCGCCAGUGGUGACGCCGAGGGCUAUGUCGCCCUCUGGGACCUCACCAUCAUGAGGCCCACAGCCGUCUGGCGACCCCAUGACAAUGCUAUUCUCGGCAUUCAAGGCUGGGGCGCCGACCGCAUCAUUACACAUGGCCGUGAUCACAAGCUAGCCGUAUGGAAGCUCGCCACGUCCGAUGAGGCGAACCUCAGCAAGAAGCUCCCCCUCGACGACACGUCCGAAUCCCGCCCCCAGCCCUGGCUUCUGCAUCUCAUAGACGUGAACACUAUGAACUUCUGCGCCUUUGCCGCCUGCGUCCCCACCGAUCCCCCGCCCGCCGGCGACGAUCCCGAGCUCCUCCUCGCCGUCCCCAACACGCUCGCCUCCGAAUCGAUUGACAUUUACCACCUCCCCACCCAGACCCGUCGCCACACGGUCAAGUCCCCCGGCCAAAACGGCAUGGUCAUGGCCCUCGCCCUCGUCCCGCAAGGCGGCUCCCUGACCCUCCUCGCCGGCUACGAAAACGGCGUCACGACAGCAAUGCACCUGUCCGCCGUCAGCGGGACGUGGAACACGACGUACCGCGCCCAGCCGCACAGCCAGCCCGUGCUCUCCCUCGACGUCAGUCCCGACGGGCUCUCCUUCGUGACGUCCUCGGCCGACGCCGUCGUCGCGCGGCAUCCCGUGCCGCCGCCCGCGGGCAUGGAGGUGCUCGAGCAGCCGCUCAAGGUGGUCAACACGAAGCACUCGGGCCAGCAGAGCCUGCGGUUUCGGGAUGACGGGCGCGUCUUUGCGACCGGCGGCUGGGACGCCAUGGUGCGCGUGUACUCGGGCAAGACGAUGAAGGAGGUUGCCGUGCUCAAGUGGCAUGAGGUCGGGUGCUAUGCUGUUGCGUUUGCGGGUGUGCUGAAGGCACCGCAGGCGGCUGGUGGUGCUGAGGAGCGUGACGGCGCCGUGGCGCGGAGGGCGGGAGAGGUCAGUGUCAGGGAGAGACGGAUUGCGCAUGCUGAGGCGGCGCACUGGCUGGCGGCGGGCAGUAAGGAUGGGAAGAUAUCGUUGUGGGAUAUCUUUUGA